AAAAGAAAAAGAAAAAGCGACCUGCACACGUUCCUAAAACCCCGGAGCCCGGUAGCUGCCUGCAAGCUGCAACGGCCCGAGAAGGGUUUUGCCAAUCCUGGAUCCUAGUCCUAGAUAUUCAGAGUUUUGAAGAUGGCGUGGAGGCAAUUAAUCAGCAACUCAAGGGCAGUUUCAUUCCCUCAAGCAAACUCAACACCUGGGUUCUCCAGAUUCUUCUCCAAAUCUCCAGCUUACAUCGUGAAAGUUGGAAUUCCCGAGUUUCUAAAUGGAAUAGGGAAAGGAGUUGAAGCUCAUUCAGCCAAGCUUGAAUCUGAGAUUGGUGACUUCCAGAAACUUCUUGUUAUCCGAACCUUGAAGCUCAAGAAGCUAGGGAUUCCUUGCCAACAUAGGAAGCUGAUAUUGAAUUAUGCCCACAAAUAUAGGGUGGGUCUCUGGAAGCCUAGAUAUGACCUUGUGAAAGCAAAAUAGUUCUACCGAGUUUGCUCGGAUGAGAAGAUCUUUGUUUGCUGCAAAUGAUAACUGAUCGACACUGGUUUGGGGUUCUGUAGUUGCAUCGGUUCUUUCAAAUUUCUUGACCAUUUUUGUAGUAUUGCAUGAUUUGUUGACUAUCAUCAUAAUUUUGUUCUCCAAGAAUAGAGUAGAAUAAUGUUUUCCCUCCCUUGCUCCAUCUGUUUUGUAACUGCCAUUAACUUGACUCUGCAAAUUACGAUGAAUGGCAAAAUAGUUGAACUGAA